AUGGGAAAGUCGAUUAUCACGGUGAACAGGACAACCAAUAGCAGUGCAGUCAUCACCAUGAACGACGAGAAGCUGAAAGAAAUUACCAGCUUCAAGAACCUAGGAGCAACCCUGUCCAAGGAUAGUACCAGUACCGCUAAUGCUCCGAAUCUCCUACACGGAGCACAAGACCACGAGUACGUCUGGAACAUGACUGUAAUUCUUGUUGGCCCACAAGAGCCCCUACUGGCAGCUGGCUUGAACAAUUCGAAGAACAAUCUUCGUACGGCGAUUCUUGACGACAACGUACAGAGUAAUGUAGACAUGAAGUUGGUUGACGCCACAUUUAUUUCAGAUUUGUACACGCAGAUAGUGGUGUCCCUUUUUCUGCCGUUUUGCCUGCAACUUAUAACGUUCAGAGAAGGCAAUCAAAAUAAUAAAGUGCGAUUCUUUAGAAAUUGUACGUCCGACAAUAAAUCCAAACAACCACAAACAGGCGAAGGCAAGGAUGUUGUGCCAUUAUCUAAGGCAUUGUGGUAUUUAUAUUCAGCUCCAUUGUCGGUAUUCAUAUUGAACACGUUCUUUUACUUAUGGUUUCUGGUCUUGUUUUCCUACUUUGUUCUUGUGGAUCUCGAUGAACAAAUCACCUACACAGAAUGGGCCGUAUGGGGAUGGAUUUUGAUAUUCCUUUACGACGAAUGCAGACAGAUUGCCAACAGUGGGAAAACAUGUGAUUUCCCUAAGACGUUUUGUAACUGGAUUAUUUCUCCUUGGAACAAAUUCGACUUAUUCAUGUUUGGAACUAUUAUUGUUACAUUGGCUUUGAGGUUUUCCUUAGUGGGGAUAGAUUUCGAGUAUGUUCGAUACGCAUACAGUUUCUCCGUGGGAAUGUUUUACCUACGUUUCUUACAGAACUGUUUUGUUCACGAAAAUAUAGGACCAAAAGUUUUGAUGAUUGGAAAAAUGAUGAUAGACCUAUUUCAGUUUCUCGGUAUAGGCCUGGUAUUCGUACUCUGCUUUGGUAUAAUUUACCAGGCAAAUCUUUACCCAAACUCACCAGCAGCAGAGAAACUUCUGGAAAAGAUAUUCUUUGUACCAUAUUGGCAGAUAUUUGGAGAGCUGUUUUUGGACGAACUAACAGGUUACCCAGAAGGUUAUUGUACAUCAAAUGAAACAAUAUGGCGUGCCGAUGGUGGAAAUGGUCGAUGUCCUGAAAUAAGGAGGCUUGUUCCAAUCAUAGGUGGAGUUUAUAUAUUCCUGACGAAUAUAGUACUGGUCAAUCUUCUGAUAGCUAUGUUUAGCCACACAUUUGAUGCAAUUCAAAAGAAGUCUGAAAGAAUCUGGAGGUUCUAUUUCUACAGGCUCAUUAACGAGUAUCGCAACAAACCAGUUCUUUUUCCACCAUUGGUCAUUGUGAUGUUUGUAUAUCAUCACAUGGAUGCACAAGAAAAUAAACGUCGCAAGCAAGAACAAGAAUUACAAUUACAAAAAUUAGAAUUGUUUGAAAAUAAAAUGAAGAUUGAAUAUGAAAAAGAAUGCUUGAAAAGAAAUAAUGAGCCAAUAACACAAAUAUUGGAACUUAUCACCUCGAAAAUUACUGAAGAUAAACAGAUUAGUAGAGAAAUUGAAGACAUCUUUAAAAGAGGUUAUCUACACUAUGGCGAUGAACAUGAGGCAUAAACCGAGCAGAAUGUUCACCAAACCAAGUAACCGAAACGAUCGUUUUAUAUCUUUACCUAUCAAUAAAUACAAUUGGGUUGACAAUAUAGUGCGGAAUGCAUUUUGUUCUUCAAUUCAUUAUGCGUGGUUCUGCUUUGUGUUGAAUAUCAUAAUUGGGUUGAUAUCAAAGUGCGGUGCAAUCAACGUGUGUUACAAACGCAUCGUUUAAACUAUCCAAGAAUUGUGUACUUGUAACGUCUGAGGUUUUGCUUCCAGAGGCCUCGCGUUUGAAUGUCGGGGAAGUAAAUAUGUUAAAUAAUUUUGUUAUUGAUUUUAAAAGUAUGUACGAUUUUUCUAAGCUUAACUUAUUGUGAAUAAAUAUAAAACAUUACAAAUCUGUGAACGGGCCACUUUGAACAACAAACACAGCAAAUCUACUUAAAUAAUAGCUGAUAUGUAAGAGCGUUUGUUCAAAAUUGAAAAAUAUUACAAUAACGAUACGGAUAUUGUCUGAACAUGGGCACUCGUAUUAUUGUUUCGGUCUCAUAAGUAUAUGAUAUGUAUAAAUUUGUUUUAUUUAAGCGAUUCGAAUUUAAGACAAAACAGUCCGUUAUAACGAAACAUAUUGUACAAUAACAAACAUAUACAUUGUUAAAAAAUGAUUGGAUACGUGUAUGUUGAAGUUGAAAUUUCACUUUUUAAUAUUUAUUAUUGUUCUUACCGACUACAUAUUUUGUUUGUUGGUAUAGUGUUGUGUGUCUGAAUUUAAGAUGACAUACGGAUAUUUUGCUUCGAUUGUAUUGCUGAUAUGCUCAUACCUUGUACCGAUUUCUAUGUCGCAUUUGCACUCAAUUGACAUGCCUUAAAGCGAGAUUAUACGAUUUGUCAAAUAUUUAUUAAUUUAUAUACAAUGUAUAAACAACUUAUUAAACAUAUAUUUCAAUAUGAAUUUAAAUAAAAGUAAAGAAGAACAUGUGUCGAAAAAUACGAAAUAAGCUAGAUAUUUAAUUCUGAAAUCGAAAAUGUCUGCACAGUCGGAUUCGCCAGCAUGUAAAUCAUGCAUGUAAGAUGUGAAUCUAAAUUUAGUUUAACGGUUCAUUUUAAAUUCCUGCAACAAUAUCUAUUCAUACGACACACGAACACUAACUAUAAAGACGAAUGUUUCGUUUAUUGAAAGGAAAAUAUGUACGAAAUAUCUUCGUCACAAUCGGCUUGGGGCGCUCAUUUGUCUUUGCUGAUUUGUAUGAAAUUCGUUUUCAAUGUAUAAUUUUUCUUGUCUAUUUUGUGUUAUUGUAACAUAUGUUAUCAAUAUAUUACAAUUAAACACAUACAAAAAGUCGUAUAAUCUCGCUUUCAUGUGAAACAGUAUAUGUUUACCUAUGCACAUCAUAUUUGGAGACAUUGUGUUAUAAUAUAUGCACUAUUAACAUGUAGAGGCCCCUAGCACUGUUUUCAACCACUUUUACAUUAACUUUAGUUUUGUUUCAUUCAGAAAAAGUUUAUAAUUGAAAAGUUAAAAAAUCUCUUGAAAUGAAAAUUUUUACGGCAUUUGUAGAAUAAGAUAUUUGAGAAUAUCAGUGGAAAUUAAUUUAAAAUUAUUAGACUUUUCCACAUUGCAGUCCCCAACAACAUACCUUUCAUCCAUCUAUCUUUGGUGUAAUAAUAGAAUACAAAUAAAUUCUCCAUUUGGUAAGUGUUUAAUGGAGCGUGCACAUAUGCAGGGAUGGAAUUAAGUACGCACGGACUAUUUUUUCCAAAGAGAGAAGGUGGAAUUAAGGGUUAUAUUUUACUUAACUUUCAAAAAAAAAUCACAACUUUACUAAAUAUACCAAAAAGAAAGGAUAUAUACUUAAGAAAUAUCUUCGAAACUUUAAAUAAAUUGAUACAUUUUUUGUUUGCUUAAAGUCACUGAAUAGCGCUUAUAAUUAAAUCGUCGAUCAUUGAUUUGUGACGAAAGUAGUUUAGUUUCCGUUCUAUAAAAGGAAAUUAUAAUUAAUAAAUUUAUAUUUUGUAUAACCAA